AUGGCCUCAUCCACCCCCUUCCCAGCUUCUGGCUCCAGGUCUAAGAAGCCUUUGGGCAAGAUGGCUGGCUGGCUCAGGCAGGUGCUGUCGAAGAAGCCCAAGGAGAUGCCUGUGCCCCAGGAAACCACUCCCAGUGAUGCUCCACCACGGAGCUCAGAUGACCCCCCAUCCCCGGGCCUCAGCACCGCUGCAUCGGCUGAGUCUCCUGCCACCCCGCCACCUGCGCAGGAGGGCGCCUCCGGCAGCAGCAGCAGCAGCGGUGGGGGCGCUGCCAGCAGCAGCGGCCGCUGGAGCAGGGACUACGACGUGUGCGUGUGCCACAGCGAGGAGGACCUGGCGGCCGCGCAGGAGUUGGUGGCCUAUCUGGAGGACAGCCCUGCCAGCCUGCGCUGCUUCCUGCAGCUGCGGGACUCCGCCCCGGGCGGCGCCAUCGUGUCCGAGCUGUGCCGGGCUCUGGACGGCAGCCACUGCCGCGUGCUGCUCAUCACCCCCGGCUUCCUGCGGGACCCGUGGUGCAGGUACCAGAUGCUGCAGGCCCUGAGCCAUGCCCCGGGGUCCGAGGGCCGCACCAUCCCCCUGCUCGCCGCCGGCCUGGCCAGGACCGCCUACCCAGCCGAGCUUCGCUUCAUGUACUUCGUGGACGGCCGGGGGCCCGACCAAGGCUUCCGCCAAGUCAAGGAGGCCAUCCUGCGCUAUCUGCAGAACCUCAGCUGA